GUCACCUCGACGCAAGCCGGGGUUCUGAGCUGGUUCGCGGAGGAUGCGAGCCCAGGCGAAGAGCUUCAGGCCGACGAACCCGACAGCGAUGAGGAAAGUGACGCGGGCGACAGCCAGGUUAAACGCCUAGUGGAGGCGAUGCACGGCAGCUUCGUGGAACUGGCAACGAAGCGCAACACUUGGUACGACCGGUACGAUGUUCUGGCCCAGCAAGCAGCCAACAACUCGAGGGUUAUUACCGAACUGUUAGGCAUUAGCAGCGUGGGUUUCCGGUUGAUGUGGGAUCACGACGGCGCCUUCGACUGGGACCAAGACGACAUCUUCUUCAGCCUCCACCUCCGCCGCUUCCACCCGGAUAACGACAGGGAGGUCGUGAUGAACGACAAGUACGACGGGAGGUGGACGUCCGACGCCACCUUCGUGUCCUCCGAGUACUGGCCAGACAUCAAACCCGGACAGAAGUUCGAGGUCAUUGUGACGAAGAAAGGCUCUUGCUUUGUGGUCCUAAUAUGGCCGGGAGAAGACAUCUACGUGCAGCUUCCCAAACCCAUGGGAUACACUUAUAGAUUCUGCCCCAAGUCCGCCGCCAAGCCAAGGUGAGCGAGUGGGGCGGCCGCCCGCUCCGCAUCGUGCUCAACGAAGACAACCCUUUUAGCGGGGAAGUUCGAGUCCACGCCCUCACCUGGUAUCCGACGCCGCCCGUGACCUCCAAGCCUUGGCAACACCAUUAGUUACGUGUUGGCACCCACUUUUUUUUCUUUGGGGGGGGGGGUAGUAGCACUGCAACGAUAUCAUUGACACAUUUCUGGGUUGUGAUACUGUCAUCGAAAUCUUCAACUUCUCCUACUGGUUGUGUCAUAAAAACACUUGUUGGAAGCCUUGUCCCCUUUGUGUUUUGUGUCGUGGGACUAGCACCUCUCGCCCGUGGCACUGUUAACCAUACUUCAUGACAUCUCUUUGUUGGAGUGAUGCCACUGUUAAUGCCACCUCUGUCACUUUUAUUUCUAUUAAUACCUCUAACCAUGACUAUCAUCUGCUAGCAGUGCGAACCCCAGCAUGCAUCUAACCGCAAAUCUGACACUUUUUUCUUUCCUAUGGUACUGUCACCACCCUGAUUUGGCAUCUUCCAAAUGGUGCAACAGAAUAGGCGAAAAAUGUAAAACUAAAUGUCUAUUUCCUAGCUAUAAGGGACCUUAGUUUCUAGGAACCGAUCAAAAAUGUCGAUGUAGAAGGAUUUUCAUAAUUCGUAUAGUUUUAGUACUAGUUUCCAAUUAUUUGUUUGUAUAGAUUUGACCUCAUAAUAUUUGUUUGUUCUGGAGAUGAAUGUAGGCAACUUGUAUCAAAUCAAUUGUAUUAUCAUUAAAUUGUUCAAGACAGUGUAACGAAACUCGUAGAACUGGAAUUGACAAUAAAGAGGACACUCCAAAAAAUAAUAGUCUGA